GAACGGUUUGGAACGUAUGAGGAUGAAAUUGUCGGUGUUGGAGCGCACUAUGACACCGUAACUAUCACAAAAGGGGUUGACGACAAUGGGUCCGGUGUAACGGCAAUGUUGGAGUCUCUCAGACAAAUCGCUGCGGGCAACAAAGGUGGCAAACGCCGCAAGAAUACCAUCAUCUACAUGGCAUUCGACUACUCGGAUUACAGGCUCACCGGCAGCCGUUUUGCAAUUUCACAAUGGUUUAUGCCCUGGUUAACGCGAAACUAUGGGCAACAUGUGGAGUCACUCAAGCCAAAUGGAAUUAUCGUUCUUGAAUGAACUAUAAUUAUUCUGCAGGAUCACAGAUGAUCCCACAGGAGUAUGUGCAGAACUUCCAGGAUUAUUUUCCAGAAACUUAUUCGAGUAUCAAGUCAAACCAGUUCAGGGGAGAUUUUCUAGCAACUAUCUUCAGGCAGAAUCGUGAUGGACAUCUUGCGUCUACUUUCAACAGCGAGUGGCUUGGCGAAUCCCAACCUGAAUUCGAAAUAGAGAAGUUUGGGAUUCCUUCCCGGGGUGUGAAUGACGACAUUUGGGAAGCAUUUGGCAACUUCUGCCGUAGUGAUCAACUUAACUUCUGGAAAACAAUCAUACCAGCUAUCUUAAUCACGGACUCUGGCACUAGUGGAGCAUCCACUGUUGGUGACUUCAAUUUCAUUUUGUGGCUUUCGAUUGGAUUUAUUAUGAUGCUUUGAAUUUAAGUAUGUGAAUAUGCGAAAACAAUCUGAUUCUGUUGCAUAUGCCACAUGUUGAAUAUACGAACGGAACGACGAUCGGAACUUUCCUUACAGUCUGGCUUAAUUUUGUAUCUAUUUCAUUCAAUAAAUAUGUGUUCCUUGCCUUUAUUAAAUUGAUACAGAACCAAUCAAUGUUAAUCUUGCAUUAAGUAAAGAAAA